AUGCUAUCAGGGCAGUGGAGUUGCUUGAUGCUUGUACAGUGCCAAGUGGUACUGGAGGCCACAAUCCGCAUAGCUGGUAUUCAAAGAACAGAAACUUCUCAGACUUUUACCAACCCUGAAGAUUUACGGAGGGAAGAAAACUGUUUUGUACCAACCUCUGAGAUCAUUGCUGUAGAAGAAACUGAACUUAACAAGAAACAGCGUAAUAUUGGCAAAUGGCAAAAAAUGGCAAAGCCAUAUGCUUUCACAGUGUAUUAUGUGAAGAAAGCCCGAAAUCACCGCUGGCGGUGCAGUGAUGUGACGUUUUGGUGUGUUGAUGAGCAGUUGUGUAAUCAGUGGAUACAGGCACUGAAAGAAUUACUUGAAAUGCAGACGUCUAGACCAAAGCAGUUGCUUGUGUAUAUUAAUCCAUAUGGAGGAAAACGACAAGGGAAGAGGAUUUAUGAACAGAAAGUUGCUCCGCUCUUCAGUCUGGCUUCUAUCUCCACUGAUGUUAUUAUAACUGAACAUGCUAACCAUGCUAAGGACAAUUUAUUUGAAGUUAAUAUUAAUAAAUAUGAUGGUGUUGUUUGUGUUGGUGGGGACGGCAUGUUCAGUGAAGUGAUGCAUGGUCUCAUUGGAAGAAUGCAGAAGGACUCUGGCAUAGACCAAAAUAAUCCCAAAGCACCGUUAGUCCAGUGCAAUAUAAGGAUUGGCAUCUGCCCAGCUGGAUCAACAGAUUGCAUAUGCUAUUCAACUGUUGGCAUUUCUGACCCGGUAACAUCAGCUCUUCAUAUUAUUGUAGGUGACUGUCAACCUCUGGAUGUCUCUUCUGUACAUCAUAACAACACGUUUUUGAAGUAUUCCGUAUCAUUACUGGGUUACGGUUUUUAUGGAGAUAUAUUAAAAGAUAGUGAAAAGAAGCGGUGGAUGGGUCCGAUGAGAUAUGACUACUCAGGCUUCAAGACUUUUCUUUCUCAUCAUUACUAUGAAGGAACAAUUUCUUUUCAACCUGCAAAACACACAGUGGGAUCUCCACGAGAUAAAGAUAGCUGCAGAACAGGAUGUUACAUUUGCAAGAAAAGUGAGCAACAGCUGUCAGAACAGCACAAGGAAUGUGGAUUAAAACGUGAAGAGGAUGAAGAAGAAUGGAAGGUUAUUAAAGGGAAAUUUCUAGCCAUCAAUGCAGUAAAUAUGAGCUGUGCCUGUCCACGAAGUCCAAAAGGUCUCUCACCAGCAGCUCAUUUGGCAGAUGGUUCAGCUGACCUCAUUCUAGUUCGUAAAUGCUCCAGAUUUGAUUUUCUACGAUAUCUUGUCAGACAUACAAACCAAGAUGAUCAGUUUGACUUCUCAUUUGUAGAUGUUUAUCGGGUGAAGAGUUUUCAAUUUACAUCAAAGCUUUCAGAAGACAAUGAAAGCAAUGUCACCGAUAUAGGAAAGAAACGUUUUGGCCAGUUCUGCAGAGAUCAUCCAGUCUGUUGCUGUAAUAUUGCUAAUAGCACCUGGAAUUGUGAUGGAGAAACUCUGGACAGUUCAGCAAUUGAAGUAAGGGUUCACUGCCAGUUAAUGAAACUAUUUGCAAGGGGAAUCGAGGAAAACUGUAAAGAUGAAGCUGCCUACAGUCAGAGUAGCAUUGAACAAUUACUAUAGAUGUUGUUCCUCCAAUGGGGAGAAGAAAAAAUAAAAGCUCAAGGAAAUUGAGUAAAUAUGCAUUUUAGUCAAAUUGACAAGUAUUUUAAAAUUUUAGAUUUUUUUUUUUAUGGCUUCAGUAUAAUUUUAGACAUCUUAUUGCAUUGUGUCAUUUUUUUAAGAAAAACAUUGUAAUCAUUAAAAUAUAUCUUGAAGCAAUGUAAUCUAAGUUAUGUUAGAAAAGAGGAUUGGUGUGUAUAUGUAUGUAUUCAUGAUGACUGAUAAAUUCUCUGUGCUUUUCUAGAGAGCGAAUUUAGCAGUUGUGUUGCAAUAAUAUCUAAAUGUUAUAAAACGUUGGACUUUCCAUUGUCAUCAAACCAAGAUAUCAAGACAAGAUAUUUUCAAUAUCUGAGAAGAUGUUUUCUGCUGGGAGUGUAACGUAGUUGCAUGUGGCUUAAAUGCUGGACAACAAUGUUCUCAUUCACUUUUUUGUGAAAUCUUUAAUUUUGUAAUUCUGACUAUACCUU